AUUUUUUCCCCUUUCUCCCUUCGACACGGCCCGUGUAACCCUGCUGCGGGGCAAAUGGGACCCCUCCUGCUCUUUAGCUUAUGGAGAAAAAGUCCCAAAUCCGUCGAUCCCGAGCCCGGCCGUUGAAAUUUCGGAGCGGGCACCGGAGCCGAAGAAGUGCCGUACUCUCUCAACCGGAACCAUUGUGGUCUGACGUGAGUAUCGCUGGGGUAGUUCGCUCUGUAUUCCGUGCAAUAUUCCCAUCAUGUAAGCAAUGCCUGUGUGUUAUUUGAUGCUGUCAUAUCGAUGAUGCAAGAACCGAGAGGCUGCGAAUUAAACGGCCGUUGUGAACUAGCUUGGUGCGAGGUCUCCUCGUGGCCCCGUGUUAGUGGCUCUGAAGUUGUUUGUAGUGUAGGUGCUUCGGUUGAGCCACCACACAUCGCCGACGGUUGGCCUUCUGCACUCGUGGAAGUGCAAAGUAUCCGUGGGAUUGGAUGGCUCCCUGGACCCAGAACUCUCCUGUUUGUGACUUUGCUGUACGAAAUACUAAGUGACCCUCCGUUCCCAACCACUCGGGGCGCACACACUCGCCGCUGCAUUACCCGCCCUCGACAUGGAAGGUUUUCGAAUUCCCAAAUUCGGCCUUUGUGCUGCGGAACUUUGGCUUGUUCUUGCCUGUUGCUCAAGCGAGAUGUUAUCUUGACUCUUGCUCCUGCUGCUGGCCCCCCCAGCUGUUCUUUCUCUUCUUGGCUAGCCCUUCCAUGGGGUUGUUUUAGCCCGCCAAAUCCCGUGACGCCCACAAUUGUCUUUUUUCGUGGAAUUCGAAUGCCAAUUCCCAAAGUCGGUCAUGGCCACCGUCUGGACAAAUGGCCUCACCAGAAGCAUCCCACAAGAGAUCUCAAUCACCAGCCUAGCCUUACCCCUCCGCCCUCAUUCUCUUUAUUAGCCUUCUAGGGUCCGAGGCCGAUUGCGGGUCAUGUUGUGGCUCUCUUACAUGUACUUUGUACAUACAUGCAAGCAUUCGCCAGAGUCUAUUCGCCAUGCAUUCCCCUCUCCACGCCACCGACCCAUACUUGGGUUCUUGUUUAAUAUCAAGCAGCAGU